UGCUGAGCGGGCUGGCGGCCAUUUUGUGAAGCGGCGAAAGAGGUGGUGGCUGCAGUGGGCUCCGGGAAGCCGUUCGGGCUGGGGCUGUCGGCCGCGGGGCAGAGGCACUCGCGCGGGGGGUAACUCGGGUCUGGGUUCGGGUGCCGCGCAGCUCUCCCCGGAUUGACUUGGCCUCUACUUCUUGUUAAGAAAAUACAUCUCUUGUUUUAUCAGGUGUGUGUGGUUUCAGCGCAGCAUGGCUGUGGUCAUCCGUUUGCAAGGUCUCCCAAUUGUGGCGGGGACCAUGGACAUUCGCCACUUCUUCUCUGGAUUGACCAUCCCUGAUGGGGGCGUGCAUAUUGUAGGGGGUGAACUGGGUGAGGCUUUCAUCGUUUUUGCCACUGAUGAAGAUGCAAGGCUUGGUAUGAUGCGCACAGGUGGUACAAUUAAAGGGUCAAAAGUAACACUUUUGUUGAGUAGUAAAACAGAAAUGCAGAAUAUGAUUGAACUGAGUCGUAGGCGUUUUGAAACUGCCAACUUAGAUAUACCACCAGCAAAUGCUAGUAGAUCAGGACCUCCACCUAGCUCAGGAAUGAGUGGCAGGGUAAACUUGCCUACAACAGUACCUAACUUUAAUAAUCCUUCACCCAGUGUAGUUACUGCCGCCACGUCUGUUCAUGAAAGCAACAAAAAUAUACAGACAUUUUCCACAGCCAGCAUAGGAUCGGCUCCUCCAAAUAUGGGGGCUUCUUUUGGGAGCCCAACGUUUAGCUCAACCAUUCCGAGCACAGCGUCUCCAAUGAACACAGUCCCACCACCACCAAUUCCUCCAAUCCCAGCGAUGCCAUCUUUGCCACCAAUGCCGUCCAUUCCCCCAAUACCAGUUCCUCCUCCAGUACCUACAUUGCCUCCGGUGCCUCCUGUGCCCCCAAUUCCCCCAGUCCCUUCUGUGCCACCCAUGACCCCACUGCCACCCAUGUCUGGCAUGCCACCCUUGAACCCGCCACCUGUGGCACCUCUGCCUGCUGGAAUGAAUGGCUCUGGAGCACCUAUGAAUCUGAACAAUAACCUGAACCCUGUGUUUCUGGGUCCACUGAAUCCUGUUAACCCUAUCCAGAUGAACUCUCAAAGCAGUGUGAAACCACUUCCCAUCAACCCCGAUGAUCUAUAUGUCAGUGUGCAUGGAAUGCCCUUUUCUGCAAUGGAAAGUGAUGUCAGAGAUUUUUUCCAUGGGCUCCGUGUUGAUGCAGUGCAUUUGUUGAAAGAUCAUGUAGGUCGAAAUAAUGGGAAUGGAUUGGUUAAGUUUCUCUCCCCUCAAGAUACAUUUGAAGCUUUGAAAAGAAACAGAAUGCUGAUGAUUCAACGCUAUGUGGAAGUUAGUCCUGCCACAGAGAGACAGUGGGUAGCUGCUGGAGGCCAUAUCACUUUUAAGCAAAGUAUAGGACCUUCUGGACAAACCCAUCCCCCUCCUCAGACACUUCCCAGGUCAAAAUCGCCCAGUGGGCAGAAAAGGUCAAGGUCAAGAUCACCACAUGAGGCUGGUUUUUGUGUUUACUUGAAAGGGCUACCAUUUGAAGCGGAAAACAAACAUGUCAUUGAUUUUUUUAAAAAGUUGGAUAUUGUGGAAGAUAGUAUUUAUAUUGCUUAUGGACCCAAUGGGAAAGCAACUGGUGAAGGCUUCGUAGAAUUCAGGAAUGAGGCUGACUAUAAGGCUGCUCUGUGUCGUCAUAAACAAUACAUGGGCAAUCGCUUUAUUCAAGUUCAUCCAAUUACUAAGAAAGGUAUGCUAGAAAAGAUAGAUAUGAUUCGUAAAAGACUGCAGAACUUCAGCUAUGACCAGAGGGAAAUGAUGUUAAAUCCGGAGGGGGAUGUCAGCUCUGCCAAAGUCUGUGCUCACAUAACAAAUAUUCCAUUCAGCAUUACCAAGAUGGAUGUUCUUCAGUUCCUAGAAGGAAUCCCAGUGGAUGAAAAUGCUGUACAUGUUCUUGUUGAUAACAAUGGGCAAGGUCUAGGACAGGCAUUGGUUCAGUUUAAAAAUGAAGAUGAUGCACGUAAGUCUGAACGCUUACACCGUAAAAAACUUAAUGGGAGAGAAGCUUUUGUUCAUGUAGUUACUCUAGAAGAUAUGAGAGAGAUUGAAAAAAAUCCCCCUGCCCAAGGAAAAAAAGGGUUAAAGAUGCCUGUGCCAGGUAAUCCUACAGUUCCAGGAAUGCCCAAUGUGGGAAUGCCCAGUGCGGGAAUGCCUGGUGCGGGAAUCCCCGGUGCAGGAAUGCCUGGUGCGGGAAUGCCUGGCGCAGGAAUGCCUGGCGCAGGAGUGCCCGGCGCAGGAGUUCCCGGCGCAGGAGUGCCCGGCUCAGGUGUGCCUGGUGCAGGCGUGCCCGGUGCAGGAGUGCCCGGUGCAGGAGUGCCUGGUGCAGGAAUGCCUGGUGCAGGAGGUGAAGAGCAUGCCUUCCUGACUGUAGGAUCUAAGGAGGCCAACAAUGGGCCUCCAUUUAACUUUCCUGGUAAUUUUGGUGGGUCCAAUGCCUUUGGGCCACCACUCCCUCCUCCAGGAUUAGGAGGAGCCUUUGGUGAUGCUAGGCCUGGUAUGCCUUCAGUUGGAAAUAGUGGUUUGCCUGGUCUAGGACUGGAUGUUCCAGGUUUUGGAGGUGGACCAAAUAACUUAAGUGGGCCAGGAUUUGGAGGAGGCCCUCAGAAUUUUGGAAAUGGCCCUGGUAGUUUAGGUGGCCCCCCGGGCUUUGGAAGUGGCCCUCCUGGUCUUGGAAGUGCCCCUGGGCAUUUGAGUGGGCCACCAGCCUUUGGGCCUGGGCCUGGCCCUGGCCCUGGCCCAAUUCACAUUGGUGGUCCCCCUGGCUUUGGAUCUAGUUCUGGAAAACCAGGACCAACAGUAAUUAAAGUGCAGAAUAUGCCCUUCACUGUGUCUAUUGAUGAGAUUUUAGAUUUCUUUUAUGGCUAUCAAGUGAUCCCAGGCUCAGUGUGUUUAAAAUACAAUGAAAAAGGUAUGCCCACAGGCGAAGCCAUGGUGGCCUUCGAAUCUCGGGAUGAAGCCACAGCUGCUGUCAUUGACUUAAAUGACAGACCUAUAGGCUCAAGGAAAGUAAAACUUGUCUUAGGGUAGCUGCUCACAUCAAUUCUUUAUAGGGUAGAUCUUCAUAGUGCUGUGAUUAAUGCAUCCAGAUUGUUUUCCUAGUAUUUCCAGGUUAGAACCUGUGGAUUGUUUCAAUUGCAUAUAGAUUGGUUUCUGUAACAUAGAGCAUUGGUUGACUGUUUACAGAAGACUCACUACCAGGAUAAAUAUUGCUGUAUGUUACAGUAAAGCUGUCUGGAGAGAACACAAAAAUGAUUUUGGCGUACCAUUAGAGAAACCAUUUGUAAAACACAAAUGACCACAUAAAGCUUAUCAAGGAGUUUAGAUUGGUUUUGUUUUAUACCAUAUGGGAUGAAGAAAAUAGAAAUGUCAAUAGAGCUCAUUAAGGGUGCUCUUGCCAGCUGCUGAAAAAUAGAAGUUGGCUGCUCUUGGAAUUUGGUUUAAAGCUGGACAGAUUUGCUUUGUUAUAGGGUCAAAGCUUUGUCUAAAGUCCUCAUUUUCUUUUAAAAUUGAAUAAAAUCUCUGUAUACAGAUUCACUGUAUGUACCUUUAUUGCUUCUUGAGGGUUCUUGCUGUAUAGACAGUCCUGCUUCUGAAGUUGCUGCUUUUUUGUUUGCCUAAUUGACUCAUUUGUAAAUGAGCAGAACUGUUUUGUUGUUGUUGUUUUAAUAUAAAACUCCACACUUGGUUUGUGCUAUAACCUUGAACUUUGAUUUCUAAUGUCACACUUAAAACUGUGUGAAAUAAGAACUUCUGCCACAAAAAUAAAAUACAGAGUCCUCUACCUACCAGAGCCUUUUUGGUUUGACCGCCAUGUUUUAGUUUAGACAGUUUAAAAAUUGUUCAUGUUGUUUGGAUGGCUUUGAAAACCAGAAACCACUUCUAAUGAUCAUUGUUUAAAAUGCCAGAUUUGAAGUCCUGUCCAUGAUGGACUAAUGUUCUGGCAGUUUCCUUCUGUCCCAAAUUUGUGUGAAAUUUUGGCCUGUAACUAAACAAAGAGUGUCCAUUUAUAAGAAAGAGCAUUAUAUCUAUGUUUUUUUUAAAAAACUGAAGUUGAAAUUGUUAGCUUUGUAAGCAGUAGUGUUAUAGAAUAAAAGAUUCAUAAGCUGUUCCAUAGAUGUGCAUUUAAUCCUGUUACUUGGAGGCUUUUUGGUCUAGUUUGAUCAGGAGCCUGUUCAUAAAAAUUCUUCAUACCGAGUACAAGUGCAGCUGCCAGAGGGGAGAGAAUUGAGACUCUUUGCCCUUUCAUAUUCUUCUUUGGCAUUCAGGACACUGAGGCAGGAGGACCAAGUGGGUUCUGGUUGGUAAGUGUCCUUGUCAUAAAAACAUUUGCCUUACAAGAUCCUGCUCACUGCUACAAAAGGCUCUAUUUAUGGUUACGUUCCUUCUUAGUUAAAAUGCUCUAAAGAAAGAUGUGUCACAUUAUAUUAUAAACAUACAUGGAAUAGGAGAUUGGUGAGAUAUCAUGAAAAACAAAUUUUGUCUUUAACAUGGGCCUCUGUCUUGGUUUGAAACAUCCCCAACAUUUCCUGCAAAUCAAUGUACUUACAAAGGGGUCAGCCUUUUAAAAGAGUUAUUUCCUAUUAAAAAAAAAAAUAGUGCCUUUUUGGUGUUGCAAGUCAGUGGAACACUGAAAUACAGCGUCUCGUGUAACUUAGAGUUAAGAGUGGCAGCAGUUUCAUUUGCGUGAUAAGAUUUGGAAAGCCUUUUCAUCACUACAAUCUUAGAGGUUUGACAGUACAGGAUUUUUUUGUUUAGGGAAAGGAUUGUUUAGACUUUCAAAGAAGACAUGGCUGUGUUGUGGGUCUUUUGACAAUUCAUGAAUACAAAUUUGCUUUGACAGAUCUCUAGAUACUGCCUCCUCAAGUAAAAAAAGCAAUAUGAUGUUUAUAUAUGCUGUUCAAUUUAAGUUUUCUGUUAAGUAAUCAUUUCUCAUUCCAAAGACCGAGUGCAGAAAACUUCAGCGCUGCUUGGGAGUCUUAUUUCAACUGCAGAUUAUUUUCCCCAUUGGAGAGCUGACUGUUUUCAUUUUAGAAAAAUGGGUUGUUUGAAGAUGAAAGCCUUUUAUCUUUUUUCACAGUUUAUUUUGGUUAUAUGUUCGUACAAUCUUACUAAAUAUUUCAUAUACUUUAUUGCAACUACUUUGUUAUUUCUACAUCUUAGAUAAAUGCUGAAAAGGAAAACUUGAUUUCAUUGUUCAUCAAAUUAAAUAAAUUAAGAAAAUAGUGGUUUGUGUAGAAUUUGGAGAGAACUAUGUUCUAUAUUUGGUUGAGUCACAACAGUGCUUCUCUUGUUGUGAAAUGUAAUUAAAUGCUUUGCCCUCUGGAACUUGAUAUUUGUGUAUCUGAGACUUAUUAAUAUAGUGCUAACUGCUAAGCGUACUGUUCAUCUUGUUCUGGGCACUGGAGUUUGAGUUU